AUGUUCUUACGCACCCUUCAGCUUAGUCUUACGACGAGCAACGCGUACGAAGAUCCGCUGACGCACCCUUCAGCGUACGCAGUUAGUCUUACGACGAGCAACGCGUACGAAGAUCCGCUGACGCACCCUUCAGCGUACGCAGUUAGUCUUACGACGAGCAACGCGUACGAAGAUCCGCUGACGCACCCUUCAGCGUACGCAGUUAGUCUUACGACGAGCAACGCGUACGAAGAUCCGCUGACGCACCCUUCAGCGUACGCAGUUAGUCUUACGACGAGCAACGCGUACGAAGAUCCGCUGACGCACCCUUCAGCGUACGCAGCAUUUUACGAUCAAUUAUACGAAGGUCCGCUGACGCAGCCCUCUGCGUCGCAGCUGUCCUAA